AUGGACGAGAAUAUCAGCAGCGGUUUCGGUGGCGGCCUCAGCAGUGGCGGUAGCGGCAGUAGUGAUGCUCGUUUAAAAAGAAUAGAAGAAGAAAAAAAAAAUCUGAAUGGAAAUAACUUAAACUUACUACUAGCGGACUUGAAAAUGAUGACUGCAUACGAAAUGUCCUCCGAGUGGAACGACACGAAAAUGAUGAACGAGUGCUUCAAUAACUUCUCCUGGUUCGAUUCAAGAGUUCUGAAAAAUAUGCAAAACUAUUUGAGUGCAGAUGAAGUCGAACGGUCCAAAAUCGAUUACGCUUAUAACACUUUGUUUCCGAAGCCAGUGGACGUGAAGGACACAAAGAUGAAUAUGAUGUCCCUGUGGAUCAAGUCACGCAUUCAUUACAACAACAGUUUUUUCCCCUUGCAGUUGUCCCCGUAUGACGCAUGA